AUGACCAAACACUACAAUAGCUGUGUUUCUUACUAUUUGUUUUACUUGCAGGCUGAGGAGGAAGAAAACCAAAUACCAGAGUUUCAGGUUGUAGAGAUGAAGGAGGUGUUUAGCCUCCUGGACAAGGAUUGUGACGGACUUAUCCCAGUGGAACAUCUGGGCCCCGCUCUGAGGUCUAUGGGACUAAAUCCGACCGAGGAGUCGGUCAAGGCUGCAGGGGAAGAGUUCAAAUCAAGAGAAAAUCGAUCUCUGAAUUUUGACGAGUGUCUGAAGAUAGCUGCAGAAUUAAUCAAAGAACCAGAUGAGACUGAGGAGAGCUUACGUGAGGCGUUCCGAACUUUUGACAAAGAAAGGAUCGGCUGGAUAGAUAGUGCUGAUCUACGCCAAGUCAUGAUCAACCUUGGUGAACGGCUUACUGAAGAGGAGGCUUCAGACUUAAUAGCGGACGCAAACGGUUUAGACGGACACAUCCAAUACGGAGAGUUCAUCAAACUCAUUUUAAGUGAUCGUUAGUUGUGUCCAGAAAAUGUCGGGAACAAGAACUACUCUUACACACGAUGUGGAACGUAUUUGUAUAUGUAGAAAAAGGGAUCAUAUUGUGAAUCCUUACAACAAU